AUGACGAUUCAAUAUAAGAAAGAAUGGGAUGAUCUUUUAAAAGAUUCACCUGCAAAAAAAUUAUAUGAAGAUUUCCAUGAGGGGGACAACUCAAAAACUUCUAAUAUUGGAUGUGAUGAUAAAAGUAAUAUUGAAAAAUUAAAGUGUAUGGUAUUAGCCAAUUUACGAAAAAUGAAUAAAAGAGAGAAUAUGAAUUGUAGUAAUUGUAAAGACUGUUGCCUGCAUUUUACUUACUGGAUAUAUGAUGAAAUAAGAAAAUUGAUGCGACAUAAAGAAAAUAGCAUUAAUGUUUCCAGUUUUAUUAAUGAAAUUUCCACUGAAGGAAAUGACAUUAACAAUAAGGCAAAUAUAUGUCCUUGUAGCAAUUAUUAUUAUGGAAAUUUAUAUGAAUUCAAUAUAGAGAAAGAUAUGCACGAUUAUUUUAAGAAUUAUGAUUAUCUGAGAACAAAAUGUUUAGAUAAAAAAACUAACAAAAAUUAUAAUGAAUAUAUUAAUUACAUAAAGAAAAUAUAUCAAGAAAAUUAUUCUAGUUGUUGUUCUCUCUACGGAUAUGAAGUAGAAAAUUGCGAAUAUUUUAAUUGUGAUGAUCAAUAUAACCCGAGUAAACUAUUGGAUAUAAUAAAUGAUAAAUUUCAAAAAGGAAAGAAUAAAUUAGAAAAAUCCCCAAAAGGUGUAUAUCAAGCUGAUUCUAAUAAAUUCCAAGAUGGAGACCCAGCUUUCCAGUUUCUUAUAUGCUCAGGGAAGUUGAGUGUUGGACAAAAAACUCAUUGUGUUGUAGCUAGAAAAGCACCACAAGAUAGCAUUAGAGGUAUCGAACAUACAGCGAAUGGAUCAGUCGAGAGUUUAGGAUCUCCACAAUCGAAACACUUAUCGUCACAAGGAGAUGUUACUGCACAAGGUAAAGUUAACGAAAGAGCAAGUGGAACCAGAAACAUUAAAGUAAAUCAUCACGAUACUACAGAAUACGGAAUUAAGAUAUCACCAUUUCUUCUAGCGUCAGAGAAUGUAAGAGAAAUUACAAGUGCUCGCAAUGAAAGUGUAUGUGUGAAUUCCUUAUUGAAUAAAGGAAAGGGAGUAUCCUGUAUAGAACCGGAUGUACGUACAACUGGGACUCUUGGAUUAAGAAUAGAGAGAUUUUUACCAAUAUCGACAAUUAAAAUAGCACGUGGGACUAAAAUCCCCUCUUAUUUGAAUAUUCAAGAAAGCCCAAGUAGUAUUUUAACGUCCACUUUUUUUCGUGUUGGAAUAUCAGCUUGUCUUGUUGUAGGAAUAUUGAUGCUUUUUUUGAUUUACUAUAAGUUUACGCCCUUUCGGUCUCGCAUACGAAGUAGGAAAUCGACAAGAAAAAGAAUUAGGUAUGACGAUUAUGAUGACUAUCCAACAGUUAUCUUUGGAAAAAUUUCAGCACCUAGGCGUAGACAUACGAAGAACAUUAGAAUACUUGAGCGUUAUUAUAUGCAUGAGUAUUCUUAA